AUGGCCAAAACUCAGCGCAAGCGCGCUAGCCAACUAAAGAACAGGGCUUUAAAUGCGUUCGAUAUCGCUGUGGAUGAUCAGGAAUAUAUCAAAGGCUUACGCCAACAGCAAGAUAUCGAUCUUGACAACUUCACUGAUGAUCGGAUCCGCGAGCUUUUAAACGGUGAAGUUAACAGCGACGAUGACGAAGAGAUCGACUCCGACGAGGCCAUUGGGUCCGCAUCAGACAUUGAGAUCGAUCUGAAUGAAGAUGAGAGCGAUUGGGGCAAUUCAUUUGAUGAAGCAGACCUUGUCGAUCUUUCUCAAGCUUGGGACAUGGAUGAAUCCGAUAAGACUGGUGAAAAUAACGAUACAAAAGAUGGCGUCCAGGCUAAUGUUGAGAGCGAAAGCGAAACAGUUCCAAGUGCAAGUGAUAGUGAGGCCCAAAGCGGUGACCAGAGUGAAAGUGAUAGCGAACUUGGCUUUAGUGAUAUGGAAAGUUUGGAUAGCGAAGAAGAGGACAAUGACGCUCUCAGAGAUGCUGUGAAGAAGAUUUCUGGUGCCAAGGGCAGGGUUGGUCAAAGAUUCGAUACCCAUGCCGGCCCCGAGAAUCCCUUCAUGAUGCCGAGCGGCCAGGACAAGCUUUCGUUGGAUGAACUGACUGGAACCGUAAAGGCCGAUCUCAAACUUGUCAAGCCUAAGUUGACGCCAAAAACACUCAACGUGCCCCUUCCCCAGCGUAUCCAAUCACGAGCUGAUCGUGGAGCUGCCUACGGGCUCGCCAAAGACGAGGUCACUAAAUGGGAAGACACUGUAAAAGCUAAUCGACGAGCUGAGCAUCUUAGUUUCCCUAUCAAUGCUCCUCCUCAGCAUCAGUUACCCUCUGUUUUUGUUGCAAGCGAAAACAAGACGAGCUUGGAAGAAACCGUGCAAAAGUUACUAGUCCAAUCUUCGUUGGCUGAUGAGCGGGCGGCUUCUGCAUUUGAGGAAACUGCCCCGAGUACCUUGUCUUUUGAGGAGCUGCGCCAAAGACGCCAAGAGCUACGAUAUAAGCGUGAGCUUAUGUUUAGAGAAGAGCAGCGCGCCAAACGGAUCAAGAAGAUCAAAUCCAAGUCUUAUCGUCGGGUUCAUAAGAAGGAAAGAGAACGAGAGCGUGCUCUUCUUGAAGCUGCAGGCGAGAUUUCCGAAGACGACGAAGAGGAGCAGAUGCGCAAACGUGCCUUGGAGCGGGCGUCCUUGAAACACAAAACUACUUCCAAAUGGGCCAAACGCAUGAUCGAGCAUGGCAUGUCAAAGGACGCUGAGACUCGUGCUGAAAUGGAAGAAAUGUUAAGACAAGGUGAGUCUAUGCGCCAAAAGGUGAUUGGACAUAGUGAUGAAAGUGACGCCGAGGAAGAGGAUAUCUUUGAGUUCACAAAAGAUGAAGCUCCACGCAAAGGUGUCAUGGGGAUGAAGUUUAUGGUUGAUGCCGAGAACAAGCAGCGCGAUGCGAACCGUCGCAUGUUGGAAGGCAGUGAAGACGAGGCUGAGUUCCAAAAUCCCGGUCGUAAGAGCUAUGAUCCUGUGGCUGCUGCAGACGAAGAACUUACUGCUCAGGCUAUGGCCGAUAGUGAUCAUGGCGUACCCAAAGGAAAGAUUGCUCACAAACGCAAACAAAUCGGUGACGAGGAGGUUAUUAUUCGCCGUGAGCCCACUGAGACCCGCACAGCAGCCGAGCCCGAGCCUGAGCCUGAGACGUCAGAAAACCCCUGGCUCGCCGUUUCUUCGCAUAGAUCAAGCUCCAAAUUUGCUAGCGUCACCAAGGAUUCGACCCAGAACGAACGGGCUGCACACCGACUGAAAAAGGCCAAAAAGUCUCGCGUUGAAGAAGAAAACGUUGAAAUCGAUGUUGCUGAUACGUUGGGGGGCAUGGUUCGAGAGGGCCAAAUGACACUUGCCCAGCAAGACUUGGUGCGACGCGCAUUUGCUGGAGAUGACGUUGCGGCAGAGUUCCAAGCUGAGAAAGAAGAGACCGUAGAAGCCGAUGGUACCAAGGAGAUUGAUGAGACCUUGCCUGGUUGGGGUUCAUGGGGUGGUGACGGGCUGGCCCCCAAGGUGCGGCGAAUUCGUAAAGUCACUGGAGUUGAUGAAAAGCGACGCAAGGAUUAUCGGAAACGGGACGUGAUCAUCAACGAAAAGGUGAACAAAAAGAAUUCGCGGUACACCGCAAGUGCGGUUCCGUUCCCCUUCGAGAACCGGGCGCAGUACGAACGGUCUUUGCAAAUGCCCCUUGGUCAGGAGUGGCAGACAAAAGACACGUUCCAGCGGCAAAUCAAGCCACGAGUACUUGUCAAACGCGGUGAAGUUAUUGAACCCAUCAAGGCCAAGCACCAUUCGUAG